AUGACUUCACAAGAAACAGGGACAACUGAAGAGAUAAGGGUGUUAAAACAUCAAAUGGCAGAGAUGUACGAGGCUUGGAUGAGUGGACAACCUCCACCGUCUUCAAUCCGAGACGAUUUUAAUACAAAUAUGUCUCACCCUAUCCAGGUGUCGACAAGAGAUCCGAUAUAUCCCCCUGGAUUCAGCCCCUAUGCUAAUACAUUCAAUGUCGCUGGCACUUCUAUGCAUCCCGCAGCCAAGAUGAUGCCCAAAUCCAACAGUGAUCCUCCGCCCAAAGUUCGGCGUGAUCAGAGUUACACUCCUAAAGAGGCCAUUAAAAUUCCAAGCUCUCAUCCCUACAUUCAUCAGUGUAGUUCCCCUGUCGAAAUUGAGAAGAUGGUCAAGAAUGAGGAACAUGAAGAAAUGACUAAUAAAAUAAAGAGUUUGGAACAGAGUAUAAGAGAUAUGCAAGGACUAGGAGGCCACAAGGGCGUCUCGUUCAGUGACUUGUGUAUGUUUCCUCACGUUCAUUUACCUGCUGCUUUUAAAACUCCAAUGUUUGAAAAAUAUGAUGGUCACAGAGACCCCAUAGCUCAUCUAAAGAGAUAUUUCAACCAAUUGAGGGGUGCAGAGGGCAAAAGAAGAGUUACAUAUGGCCUAUUUUGGGGAAAGCUUUGUAGGGAUUGUAUCAGAAUGGUUCAUAGAUCAGGAUAUCACCAACUUUCACACAUGGGAUGA